AUGUCCGCCUUUNACGAGCAGAACCAGGCCGCUGCUGCCACCGGUGCAUGGCCUGCACCUGGUCGCCAGCCUUCGUGGGAACAACCUGCCCCUCCCUCGAGAUCCGAGAUUGAGCGUGCCACCGACAACCUCGUCAAGAGCGGCAAGUGGAUGGCCGGCGGAGCACCACAGUACAACAGUCGUCGCGAGUCCAUGCCUCCCUUGAUGAUGGGCCGCGGAUUCAACGCUGAUUAUGCUGGUUCCAAGUCUAACUCUCCUGCCGAUGGUCGCAUGGGCGGUCCGGGACAGGCACGCCACCACUCGGUCAGUGAAUACGACGGUAUGCGAUCCAACUCGGCGGCUGGCCUCCAGGGCUACUAUGCGUCGCAGCGCUUCGCACCACGUCAAAAUGAGGCAGAGCAGAUGAUGCAGGCCAAGCGAAGGAUGGCUGCGCAAAGAGAGAGGGAGCUCCGCAACUAUCACCAGGAGCAGCAAUACAACAGGAACACUUCCGCCCAAGGCCCCAAGCCCGACCGCGCCCUGAGCCCUGCAGCUGCUACAACCAUGAGUGAAGACGAACGCCGCGACCUCAUUGCCCGUCAGCACCGUGCUCUUUACGGCAACGAAUCUGCACUGUACCCCACCUCGGAGGCUGCUGCCGUUGCUGCUCGCCGUGCCUCGCAGGACGUCAGAGGCUCCAUCUCCGGAGCCUCCAGAGGUGGUGCUUCACCUCUUGCUUUCGACCCUUUCCACGGCGAGCCUGCUGUUCAGAUGCCUCCUCGUGAUGGUGUCAUGCUUCCCAAGUCGCCUAACAGCGCCUCAUCCCCGCAGUCUAACCCUACCACUUUUGGCAGUCUACUGGGUGAAACUCAGCAAUCAAGCCGCACUUCGGUAUCUUCGCCCAGCGGCUCGCCUCCUCUCGGACAGGGCUCGAAGGGAACCGCCGCCGCCGCUCCUAUCGGCACUCGCCCAGUACCUAAUGCUGCGCAAGCUACCGGUUUGAACAAGCGCUCGACCACCCCCCUUCCUUCGCCCCUUAGCUUCGGCUUCAGUGCCAACGAGCAAGCAAGAAACGAGCGUUCCACCUCCGCUGGUCCCAACGGCUCUGUAGCUGACAAAGGGGUCAACCUUGGUUCCUGGGGCUCCAACAGCGGAGUCUGGGGCUCUGCUAAGAAUAGUCUUGGUGUCCAGGCUCCUGUCUGGGGCUAG